GCCCCCUCCACCUGCUGCCGCUGCGCCAUCGCCGGCUGGGGGAGCCGCGCCCGCUCGUCCCCGCGGGGCCCCUUUGUGCUGCUGCUCCAGAGCUGCCUCAGCCCGGCGGCGGCUGCGUCACGGCCCCGGCGCUGCGGCCGCCCAGAGCCACCCGCGGAGGGAGAGCCGCCGCCUCGCCCCCCGCUCCGCCAUCGCCGCGCGGCCGCGGCCGAACGACGCGCCCUGAGGCAGGGCCGGCAGCCGCGGCGAAGGUAUUUCGGGUCCCCCGAGGUCUGGGAAAAUAUCUGGUUUCUGAUAUUUUGCAUUUCUGUGCGUGUCUGCCUGUGUGUGCCAGCAGAAAAUCCCUCUAUCCUGGAAGAAUGGUGAAACUGGGGAAUAAUUUCAGCGAGAAGAGCACAAAGCAGCCCCUUUUGGAGGAUGGAUUUGACACCAUCCCCCUGAUCACACCCCUGGAUGUCAAUCAGCUCCAGUUCCCACCUCCUGAUAAGGUUGUGGUCAAAACAAAAACAGAAUAUGAACCUGAUCGCAAGAAGGGAAAGUUCCGUACUCCGAAAAUAGCUGAAUUCACAAUCAGCAUCACUGAAGGGGUUUCAGAAAGAUUUAAGGUAACUGUGCUGGUCCUUUUUGCCCUUGCAUUCUUAACGUGUGUCGUAUUUCUGGUAGUCUACAAGGUUUACAAGUAUGAUCAUACCUGUCCAGAAGGAUUUGUUUUCAAGAAUAAUCAGUGCAUUCCAGCUGGGUUGGAAAACUACUACUCUGAACAAGACUCCAGUGCUCGAGGGAAAUUUUACACAGUCAUAAACCACUACAACCUGGCCAAACAAACCAUCACGCGCUCCGUGUCCCCGUGGAUGACAGUACUGUCAGAAGAGAAACUGUCUGAACAGGAGACUGAAGCUGCUGAGAAAUCAGCUUAGUAUGAUAAGCUAAUUAUUAAAACUAUGUCAUUUGAAGGUAACUAAGGGACUUCAAGGAACUUUUCAUUAAAUAUAAUUAUGGAUAAUUUAGAGGUUACUCAUGUUUAUGGUGUAACUGCUUCUGUUUGCUGAUACUGCUUUGCAAAAAAAAAAAAAGAAAAAAACUGAAAACAAAAAUUUGCUGCAGAACAUUCAUGGGCAUAACCCCAGGUGCAUAUCAGCAUUGCUGUAGAGCUUUGACACCAUUUUCAAUGUUAAAAAAAAAUCCAAUGUUAGAUAUGUUCUUGCAGUUUAUUGGAUACUGAUAGAUUUUGUCACUGGAUUUUCAGGACUUGGACCUUAGAUAAAUCAUGUGUUCUGUUGUCUGAACAGAUACUGAAUUUAUUAAGUUUUUGAAUUCUUUGUCAUUUUGCAAACUGAAACACCCCAGCCAUAACUAGAGUGAUCUCUUGUUUAGCUGAAAGCUGUAAGUGAUGUUUAGGUUGGGCUCAAGCAAGAAUGAUAGUCAGCACUGACAUCGCGGCGUAAUGUAAUGACUUGUAUGGAGAAAGAAUCUGUCAGGUCACAUUUUUCCUUACAUUUCCUUUACUGUUUUUUGUGAUAAUGAAGUUCUCUGCAACAAGGCAUGCUCAAUGUUUUCUUAUUGCUGUCAACAGGAUUUAACUGCAUUUCCACUGUGGCUUUAGCAUCUUGGUAAGGAUGUGCACUGAAACACAAACUAGAUAUUAUGGAACACAGGCAGUUUUAGUGGUGGGUGUUGAGGAUAGUGUAAAAAAUACACAGUUCAGGAUGUUCUAAUGAGAAAUUACAUCUUUUGAUCAUACUAAAGAGGCAGAAAGCCUGUUCACAGUACAUGUAGUCCACUAUGUCAUUUGUUGGAUACAGCUGAAGGAGUAAUGUCUAAAUUUCCUCCUGUAUGACAUUCACAUUUCCCCUUUUUAUAAGUUAGAAAGAACUUUCUGUUUAUGUAUGGCUUGCAGUUGAUACUUUUUAAAACAUGGAGCAUCACAAGUGAAACAGUAGCCUAUUAGAUACCACAACUGGCUGUUAGAGCUCCAUGAGAAAGGGAGUGAAGAGUAGAACUGUUUGUGUAUGGCUUGGGAGGGGAAAAGACAUAGAAGAACAUAGUAUGGUGGAUGCACGUUAAAGUUCCAUUGUAAUUACAAACUUACCUAUUCUUUGUGUGAAAUCAUGUUUUCAUUUUUAUUAUAAAUCUUAAAUAUACAUUAUAUAAAGACAUCUUAUUAAUUUAACAUACAAAAGUGUGUGAAGCAUCUGAGCAAGUUGCCUUUUUUUUCAUGUAACUUGAAUGGGACAAGGGAGAGUGGACAUGUCAAAAGUUCCUUUUUUUUGGUAGAGUCUGUACAAAAAUUAAGGGAAAACAUCAGUAUAGGCUGUUUCUCAAGCUCUGUAGUAGAAUAAAUGUGGUCAGCUCUAUGUCUGUUUUUCUCCAGCAGAAGCCUGUCAUCCCAAUACAGCAAAAAUAACCAUUAUGACUCAAUGCUCUAAAUUCGAUAGGAAAUGUGCAUUACACAGUGCAGCUGUAAAAGGCUUUUUAUUAAGUCAUCAUGGUAUGUGGAAUGCCUAAGAAGCAAUAAACUACGUGCCAAAUUUUUCUUUGCAUUUAAAAAUAUCAAGUUUAUGUUAAGAUCUUUAAACCAUACCUUGUUUGCAUUUCCUAACAGGCAUCUGCUUUACUGAAUAUAAUUAAUUCACAUGAAACUUUUGACAUUUUCACUCUGUGCAGAGUAAAGAAUAAGAAUGAUGCCUAUUGCAUAAAAUGUAUAGAAAUAUACAUUCAGAAGAGAGAUGGGAAAACACACACAUUUCAUAUCUAUGUACUUGUAGAGAACAUUCAGAUUUUACAAGAUGGAAAGGUCUGUUUCCCAAGACUGUCCUAAAUAGAAAUGAUUCACGAUACAUAUCCUCCCCUUAAAUUUAGGACAAUAAAAACUUUAAUGCAUAAGUAAAUACUGAUGAGAAACAACUUCUUUUUCUCCUCAUAACAAUAAAAUUAGUAAGCCUUACAAUCUAGGAGAAACAGAUUGUUUAUGCUUCUUGAAGUCAAAAUCAUUUUCCCUCUAAUUUAUCAGGAGGGAGUUUAUUGAGUCUUAUUUAGACUUGAUUUUGAGACCUUUUUUUAGUUAACAAAUUGCUCCCAGUUUUGGUAGUUUGAAGAGUUUAAUUGUCUAUCCUUUGGCUUUGUUCCAGCAUCCCAGAACAUCUGUUUCACUGCACAAUCUGUUUGCGUUGUAUUCUCUCUUUUCACUUACAAGUAAAGCUCUUUUGUUGACUCAUUAUUAUUAGUACCAUUAGAUCAAGCUGAUUUCUGAGUUAAGUAGUUUCACAGGAUUAGAAGUAAAGGUCAUUUAUGUGCAAAGUGAUCACUGUGUGUACUGAAGUGGUGUGAUGAAAUAAAACGCCUGAGACAGUGUAGAUGCUUUUGCACAGUAACGGUUUUCUCUUGCUCUGGGAUGGGAGCUGGACUUUCCACAGGACAGGUUGGUGGCUGUGGCAUAACCAGUACUGUUGUUUUUUCUUUUGUUAGCUCUG